GCAUUCAAGACAAUCGAUAGGAUCGCACUUGAUUAAUGGUGUUUGCCAAACUCGCCGGGUAAUUCGAAGGUGGACACGAAUAUUAACAGAAGUGUAUAGCCAUAAAAGGAGCUGAAGGCGAUUAGACGGUUCCGGAUAUCAAGUGUGGCUUGCCCUUUGCACUUUUUCCAACGAAGAUGAAGCAAAUUCUCGCUGUGCUCCUGUUACUGUCGGUAGUUAAUGCCGUCUUUACUUGGGAAAAAUUCCAUACUGGAAUAUUCGACAAACAUUUCGCACCAUAUCACCAGUUUACGCAAUCGGACGAUAAAAUACCGCCAUCAGGAUGGUUUCAUAGACCACCAGAACACAGGCAACCGCCGCCAGAAAAUUCGUUUAUACCACCAGGACACAGGCAAUCGUCGCCAGAAGAUUCGUUUAUACCACCAGGAUAUAGGUAUAUACCUCCAGGACAUGUGCAUGACCCGCCAGGCCAGGUGCUUUCAACAUCAUGCCAACUUUUGGACCAAUUAGUUAUGUUUCAAGUCAAUCAACAGAUGGCGAUGAGCAAAAGUUGCACCGUCGCGUGGAUUUGCCAGAAUCCGGAAACUAACGACAUGGUUAUUACCGGUGUCAACGGAGCACAGAUAGUAAUUCAGAAGCAUCCAAACAAAUGUUCGGACGAAAAUCCUGGUCAAACAUGUAUUAAUGAAAAAGAACCUAAUAGUGAAACUUCUAAAACGCCUCCAUCAACAAUACGUACUACUACUCCACAGCCUAAAGUGACUGAUUCCAUCCGUCACAGCGGAGAAGGAAUAAUCGAUGUUAGAUCAAGGAAGAACUAAAUGGACAACAUAAAAGUACGACGAAGAAAACAAGAGUUUCUCUUGUAGUUGUGUAUUUUAUUUUUUUCCCUUCAUUUUUCUUUCUUGUGCACCAAAAUAAUGCAUAUAUCAACGUAAUUAAAUACAGAAAUAUAUAUUUUUCAAACUAAAAGAUUGACGAUCCAGUUCUGACAUCUGCCGCACUUGCUCCCAUUAUUUCCUUGAUUUAUAUGUUGCAUUUUUAUUAUUAAAUAUCUUUAAUAUACAUUU